CUCUCCUCUUCUCUUCUCUACACCUCUUGCAUUACUACAGUCCAGUACUUUCUCUGCAGCUCUCUCUCUCUCCAAAAGAUUUCAAAUUAGAUAUGGAACCUGGAGACAUGGCGCUUGAGAACGAGAUGAAGAACGAAGCCCCUGUGGAGUCUCCAACCUCUGUGCUUGAGGACGAGGAUGUAUCCAAGGAGGAAAUUGGAGUCAAAUUGGAGGAGGAAAUACUUCUUGACGCAAAAAAUGGAGAUUCUUCUCUUGUAUCAAGAGCUAUGGCCGAGGAGGAGGUGAAGUUGCAGGAAUCCCGGGUGAAAGAAGAAGGAGAAAAUCAUCCCACAGAUGCACUACGCUUGAAUGAUACCCAGUUCACAAAACUGGAUGAACUUCUAACACAAACCCAGCUUUACUCGAAAUUUCUGCUAGAGAAAAUGGAUGCCAUUACAGUUAAUGGUGUGGAGGAAGAUGAUGACACUGUUAAAGGGAAAAAGGGAGGUCGUGGUUCAAAAAGAAAAGCGGCAACAAACUACAACAAUAGAAAGGCCAAGAGAGCUGUUGCUGCCAUGCUUACAAGAUCUAAAGAAGGCACUGAUCCUGAAGAUAUUAACCUUACUGAGGAGGAGAAAACUGAGAAGGAGCAAGCCGAACUGGUACCCUUAUUGACAGGUGGUAAGUUAAAGUCCUAUCAGCUUAAAGGUGUGAAGUGGCUGAUCUCCCUUUGGCAAAAUGGACUGAAUGGCAUCCUUGCUGAUCAAAUGGGGCUUGGGAAGACAAUUCAAACUAUUGGCUUCCUUGCACACUUGAAAGGGAAGGGAAUGGAUGGGCCGUAUCUGGUUAUUGCUCCACUGUCUACGCUCUCAAAUUGGGUUAACGAGAUAUCAAGGUUUACGCCAUCAGUGAAUUCAAUUAUCUACCAUGGCAGUAAGAAAGAAAGGGGUGAGAUAAGGAGGAAGUUCAUGCCGAGAACAACAACUCCCAAAUUCCCCAUCGUAGUUACUUCAUACGAGGUUGCACUUUCUGAUGCCCGGAAACACUUGAGGCACUAUAACUGGAAAUAUAUUGUGGUAGAUGAGGGGCACAGGCUGAAAAACUCAAAAUGCAAAUUAUUCAAGGAAUUGAAGCUUUUACCCGUUGAAAAUAAGCUUCUAUUGACUGGAACUCCUCUGCAUAACAAUUUGGCAGAACUUUGGUCAUUGUUGAACUUCAUUUUGCCCGAUAUAUUCUCAUCCCUUGAAGAAUUUGAAUCAUGGUUUAAUCUUUCGGGGAAGUGCAGCAAUGAAGCCACGAAGGAGGAGAUUGAAGAGAACAGAAAGGCUCAAGUAGUAGCAAAACUCCAUGCGAUCUUGCGUCCCUUUCUCCUUCGAAGAAUGAAAUCAGAUGUUGAGCAGAAGCUUCCUCGAAAAAAAGAGAUUAUCUUAUAUGCUACCAUGACUGAGCAUCAAAAGAACUUCAAGGACCAUCUAAUAAAUAAGACACUUGAAACUUAUUUGCGGGAGAAGGUGGAUACAGGACGUGGUAUGAAAGGGAAGCUUACCAACGUGAUGCUUCAGCUUAGGAAGAACUGCUACCACCCUGAUCUUUUGGAGUCAGCGUUUGAUGGCUCAUACUUCUAUCCACCUGUAGAGCAGAUAGUUAAUCAGUGUGGAAAAUUUCAGUUGCUGGACAGAUUACUAGCCAAGCUAUUAGCUCGCAAGCACAAAGUGCUGAUCUUCUCUCAGUGGACCAAGGUUUUAGAUAUAAUGGACUAUUAUUUUAGUGAAAAGGGAUUUGAAGUUUGUAGGAUUGAUGGCAGUGUGAAACUGGAUGAAAGGAGAAGACAGAUCCAGGAGUUCAAUGAUGUGAACAGUAGUUACAGAAUAUUUCUUCUUAGCACUAGGGCUGGUGGGCUGGGUAUCAAUCUUACUGCAGCUGAUACCUGCAUUCUAUAUGACAGUGACUGGAAUCCUCAAAUGGAUCUACAAGCUAUGGAUCGAUGUCAUAGAAUAGGUCAGACAAAGCCUGUUCACGUUUACAGGCUGGCAACAGCUCUAUCAGUUGAGGGUAGGAUUUUGAAAAGAGCUUUCAGUAAAUUGAAGCUCGAGCAUGUGGUGAUUGGGAAAGGGCAAUUUCAGCAAGAAGGAGCCAAGGCUGGUGGUAUAGAUGGCAUGGAGGAAGAGGAGCUGCUGGCGUUGCUCCGUGAUGAAGAGGAUGAUGAAGACAAGAUGAUACAGACAGAUGUGAGCGAUGAAGAUUUGGAGAGGAUCUUAGACCGCAAUGAUCUCAUUGCUGGCGCAUCAAAUAAAGAUGGGAAGCCCGAGUUUGCUGCUAGUUCGCUUCCGCUGAAAGGGCCUGGCUGGGAGGUUGUGAUUCCAACUGCAAGUGGUGGUGUGCUCUCCACUCUUAACAGUUGAUAUCAUCGGCAAUAUGUUUGUGAGGGGGGCCCUUGUAGGAUGCGGGUAGUUCAUGAUCUGGAAAUUCUGAUCCAAGGCUUUCUUUCGGUUUUGUGAACCAAUUCCUGGGAUGGGGUAUGGUUUCUAGAAAGGGAGCUGUUUUUGUUGUUGUAAAUGUAAAAAUCCUGUGUCUCGGUGAUUAGGAAAAGUUGAAUUACUUUCUAUUUGACAUUGCACUAAGGGUACGAUUAUUAUCUUUUGUGCUUGUUUGCACUAAUUCUAGUUUUGGCACUAGCUUCGGCUUUUAUUAUUUGGCAGCAUUUAGGCGGUCAUUUCAUGGGUUUAAUCUACUACUAUUUUAGAUCAUUCGAGAAA